AUGCUCCUCUCACUUGUUACUGUCAUUUCCGUCUUCCAGCUGGCGAUAGCCACCAACCUCAACCCACCGAUUCUCUACUCCCGCCACGCCGCACAAGAAGGGUCUCUUGAGAAACGCGAAACUUGCGAAGAUGGCGCCCAGUGUCUGUUGGGAUCAUGCUGCGGCGACGGAUGCGCCUUGAACUGCUGCGCGUUGGAUAACGGCGGCUUGGGCUGCGGAAUCGCAGAACGGUGCCAGUUCCGCGGGAAUGUGUUUGUCGGGUGUUGUGGGAAUUUCCUGGGGGGCUGCACUGGUGAGGCGACGCAUGUCACGGUCCACACGCCUUACUCGACUGUUACGCUCGGCGCGCCGACGGAUGCGAUGACUACAGGUACGAGUACGACGACGACGGAGCAGAUGUUUACGGCGAUUUCGGUGACGCCAACUGCCACCGCGACCGCGACGGGGUCAACAAGCACGACCACGACUACGUCGAGUGAGAGUGAGAGUGAGACGGGAAGUAGCUCGCAUUCUCAUCGCGUGUCGGCGUCAAGCACGAGUGUAGAGGCCGAGACCACGUCUAGUACUAGCCACCGUAGGACGACGACAACGGCGGCAUUCUCGCAGGCUUCACCGUCGCCGAAUAAUGGCGGAGGAUCUGGUGUGGGAGUGGAAGCGCCCGUUCUGGCUGGGAUGGUUGCGUUGGGUGCUGUUCUGUUGUGA